AUGUCUUGUUCGUUUCGAAACUCGUUAGUAGGUUCAGGUCGGAGAGGCGAAGCGUUGCGUGCGCUUUUGUCCGACGCGAAGAGUUCGUUCGUGGCUUCUUCAAACGUCGUCGUCCGCAGAGAAGAAGAAGAAGAAGAACAAACGGAAGAAGAAUCUCUGGGAGUGUUUGUUGCGAGUGGUAGUGAAGGAAUUAAAAUCAAUGCAAAGAUAUUCACGUUGGAGAAGGAUUUAUAUUACCCGUUAUCGUCCGCAUUCGCCAUAAACUCGGCGCGGACGAAAGCGCCGCGGUUCGUCGAGGCGGCGAAAAGAGUGGCGUCUGGAUUUGAAGUGCACGCGUCGAUGGCGUUGAAUUUAUUGCUCGAUUCGAGUUCGUAUCGCGCAUCGUGUCCUCCUUUGACGGGUCAACUGGACCCGUCCGUGCCUUUGUUAUGGGACGCUUCACAAAUCGCGCUGUUGCGAGGCACGCCGACGUUUGAAAGCGUCGUGACGAGGAAGACGUUUGUGAAGAACGCGCACGCGGGGAUAUUCGGGGAAGAGAAUAAGGCGGUCUCUUACGAGAUGUUUGCGUGGGCGAUAUCGACGGUUCUCUCGAGAGCUUUGUCCGUGUCUUCGGAAAACAAGAACAUUGAUUCUUUGUUCUAUUCGUUCAUUCCCGGCGUAGAUUUACUCAAUCACGACGCCAACGCGAACUGCGAGAUUCGAUUAGUAUCGAACAAGAAUAACGCAUCAACAAGUAUUGAAGUGUACGCGAUACGCGAUAUAGAGAACGACGAAGAGUGCACCAUAUCCUACGGUAAUCAUCGCUCGAACGACGAAUUAUUGCGAAAAUACGGUUUUUGCGUGCCAAACAACCGGAACGAUUCCAUCGACGUUCGUUUACGCGCAUCGAAUACGUUUUUGAAAGUAGAUCGAAAAACCGUCGACAAACUCUUUCUGGAAGAGAACAGAAGCGGGCAAAAACAGGACGACUUCGUCUCUAAAUACAACCGCAAUGAAGUGUUAGACUCCAUAGCAGAGCAGAAAGCGACGUUGGAUGAAGUCGCGGUAAGAGAACCCGCGUUGUUAAAAGGUGGAGAAGAACGGAGCGUUGGAAAAAAAUGGCUCCGGGCGAUUCGGUUGCUGAGAAAAGGCCAAUACGAACUCUUAGACGCGACCGAAAGGGCGUUUCACUGA